UUCCAAACUCAAUAAAACAGAACAACAACAAUAAUAAUUCAGGCAGGUGGAACGUGACUAAUAUUAUCAUUAUUACCAUGUCCCAUUAUCAUCAUCAUCACGGAAGACAUGAUGGAUCUAUGUAUCAUAGUCAGUAUCAUCAAAUUCCUAAUCAAGAAAACAUUGCACCACAAAGUAAUAAUAAUAACCAACAACAACUUCAUCCAAUUCUAGAACAACAACAACCAGUAGUAGUGGUCGAUAAUUAUCACAGCCAUCCACCUCAUAGUCAUUCCCACAUUCCUCUCGUUUCCGUCCCAACCUAUUGCUCUCAUAAUGGUCAUUCAAUGAAUAAUGAGGCAAUCUAUCACUAUCAUCCACAUCAUCAGACUCACGAUUUAAUUAAUCAUCACAAUACAAAUAAUAGUAACAACACAACAAACAAUUUAAAUUUGAAUUUGAAUAAUAAUACAAAUAAUUUAAAUAAUAAUAUACUAAUAGAUGAAUCAUCUCCUCACAUUGUUAAUAAUAAUAUUCCUUCCUUUAAUUGUUCAUCAUGUCCAACAACGACAAGCUCAAACUUGGCGUUUCAUCAUCACUCUCAUAUGAAUAAUAAUAAUUCAACUAGCAAUAAUAAUACAGUUAGUAGUAAUAGUAAUAAUAAGAAACGUAAAUUAUCAAUGACUGAUAUUGAAUCAGCCAAUUCUUCAUGUACGACAACGAGUAACACAACUUCAAUGAUUACAACUUCAUCCUCCUAUGAAUUGGAAAGUAUUCCUACGAGAUUAUUUAUGGGAGAAUGCAUUCGAGUAAAGAUAAGGGAAAUUCCUGGUAUUAUGGAUCAGUUCAGACAAAUGUUUGAACAACAUGAAGUGAGUUUACAGAAUUUGACAGUUUGCUUUCAGAAAGAGGGACUUUUUAAUUUUCAGUUACCUUGCUUUUUGGAGGGAAAUGAUUGCAUUGUGUUUUCUGUACCUAAGAGAGAGGUCUUUCUUCCAUAUUUUCAAAAUUGGGAAGGCUCAAUGACUUUACAUCAUUGUGCUGUAACAAUUUCAGCUAGGAGUCCAGUUCCAAAUGGUGGAGAUUGUAUCAUGAUAUUAAUGCACCAGAGUUGUUGCUCAAUUGUGUGUUUGGAGACUAGUGACAUGUUAAAUUUUGUUUCGAAAUGUUUUAGUGAACCUAAGAGAUUGAAACACUUGUUAUUGACUGUGAAGGAGAGGUAUACAGAUGAAUUUGGAGCCAUGUUACACACUGAGGAUGAGUGUCCACUAACAGAACCAAUGAGGAGUAAUUUGAAAAUAGUUAAAGAGCUCGGAAAGGGAUCAAAUGGAUUUGUCUAUCUUGUGGAAAAGAGAAAAUCUGCUACAACAGAUUUAUGGAAAAAUUCAAAGAAACUUGCAUUGAAACAAUCCUUCUCGUCGAAUCCGACUCGAGUUCAGGAUUAUAUUGCAGUGCACAAAGCAAUGAAGGAUCUAUCGAGAGGUGAAACAGAAUCCAAUGUGAUUCAAAUUUAUGAAAUUCAAAGUGUUACAGUUGAAGAGUCCAAUACUCAUAUUUCUGAAAUUCUAAUGGAAAAAUGUGAAUAUGAUUUGGGAAGAUAUUGCAGAAGAUAUUUCAAGUCUUGCCUUACAGUGGAAACUCUGAAAUCUCUAAUUCACAUUUUGAAUCAAACAGUGAAUGGAAUACGCAUGAUUCACAAUUCUGGAUAUUGUCAUUUAGAUAUCAAAGAGGGAAAUAUCAUGUUGAAUAGGGAAAAAAUUGUCAAGAUUAUUGAUUUUGAUUUUUCUAUUGCCAAGAAUGUGCCAAUUUCAUCAAAGAGAGGCACCCCACUCUAUCUUAUCAAUAUUGAUGAAAGUAUUGGAAAAUUUAGCAAGAGGAAUGCUGCAAGUUGAUUAUGAUAAGCGUUAUUCUAUUGAGGACUUGUGGAGUGCUCUUCUAAAAAAUUAAUUGGACUCUAGGCCAUUAAAAACAUGCAGCAAAAUGCGGGUUGUCUAACCAUCAUUUAUUCUCGAGGUGUGACUGGUGUUUGGAAUAUUGAACAGGAAAUCGACUUUUUCAUUUCUUCGCAUCUGUUGAAAUGAUCCUUGACCGCUUUGCUUAUUCUUUUCAAGUGGCCAAGUUUGGAAAUACCAAUCUUUUUGUAAUCUUCGGUAGUAAAGUCUUGAAUUUGUCCUAG